UGCAGUUUCCAGGAAUCAAGGGUGUAUCCCUUCUCCUGUGCUGUAGGGUUUGUACUUGUUCCAAUAGUAUUUCGGUGCACCAAUUAUUACUGCUGGAGGAUUCAGAACCAGGAUCACUUUUUAGAAUGAUCUAAUUUGUUUGAACUGAGGAAUAUGAACAGGAAUUAAAUUUUUUGUUUGUUUUUAAAUCAGAAUUCCUGACCUCCCCACCACCACUUGACAUCUUUUAAAAAGUAAGUGUGGCCUUUGUGCAUAUCAGCUGUAUGGAUAAUUCCCAUCUCCCUUUAAUGUCCUGUUGCUAUUUGUAUUGUGCAUGUACGCUGCUGCACUUGCUCUCACAACAGCCACUGCUCCCAGUGGCGUAGCGUGGGUUGUCAGCACCCGGGGCAAGGCAAGUAAUUUGUGCCCCCUAACCCGGGGCAAGGCAAGUAAUUUGCGCCCCCUAACCCCUAACCUGCCGCCGCUGCCAGCUUCUUCUUGCUGCUGCCUGGUCUGGUCUGGUGUGGUUCUCUCCCGCGCUCAGCGCUGCGCUGGGCGGCCGCUGCACUGUCCCUCCCCCAGAUAGUCCCUCGCUCUCUCUCUGCACCGCACGCCUGGCACCCACCCCCUCCACAGUGGGCGGCGACCCAGCGGCUCGGAUCGGAUUCGCACAGCCAGCACUGCAGUGAGAGAGUGAGCCAGGUAGGGGCAGAGAGCUGCGAGUGCGAGCGCGCCCCCCCCCCAGAUGUUGCACCCGGUGCGGCCGGGCCCCCCCUGCACCCCCCACGCUACGCCACUGACUGCUCCUAUUUCACAUAUGAAAGCAGAAUGCUUGAGGCUGUGUGGCAGCGGAGGACUUCUGUUUACUUUUAACAGCUGGGCAAUCCAACAAGCAUAAAGAUUAAGCAACAGGUAGAGUUUGGUCUAUUGCGUCUCUGAACAACAGAGAAAGACGAAAGGAGCUGCCGGGAAGAAAACAAACCUGUUUGUGAAAGACGAAGGAGCUGCCGGGAAGAAAACAAACCUGUUUAUCGGCGUCGCCCUGCUCAGUUCCCACACAUCUCUUUUGGAGGGAGUGUUUCUUCUUCACUUUAAGGGAAGAUGUAACAGUUUGUUCCGCCUUCAGGGGCUGAAAUCUUCCUAGCGAGAUCAUUAAGGAGGGUCGUGUGAAGGCGGUGCUGCGCUGCCCAUCGGAGCAGAGAACGGGGUUCUUGAAAUCAUGGUGCGAGAAGGAGGGAAAGAGGCUGUUUGAAUGAGUAACCAGUUCAAGAACCUGCAGGCAGGCAGCCCUUGGAGCUUACUCCCAAGGGAGCAUGCAUAGGAUUGCAGCUUGUCCUUUACAAGCAGCUCUGCAAAAGGCAGAGCUGCAGCUUGGAAGGUUAACGGUUACAUUUAUUGCGGCACAAGCUUCCGCACCCCUAAUCUCACCUGCCGCUACAAAUCUGCUGGCCUUUAUAAGGCGCCCGGUGCCAACUGGAGGCGCUGCUCGCUUUCUCUUUAAAGGGAGGGGACAGGAGAGCGACAGAGAGACGCGCCGGUCGGCUCGGGCCUCUUAAAGGGCGCCCUGUCUCUUUAAGGAGGAGAGAAGUUAAAGCAGCCGCCGAGCCCUUGCCGUUUCCGGCAACACAGGCCCUCGGUACGUAGCGUCCCUUUUUUGGCACCGGGAGGUAGUGGCUGAGGCGCCGCCUCGUGGAGUGGGUGGGUGGGAGGGAGGGAGAGGGUCCAUCCUGCGGCCUGGCCCAAAGGGAGGCUUCACACGUUAGGGGGAAAGGAAAGAGAAAGACCCGUGUCUGCGCGGGUGGAACACCACCCCCUUGCCGGCUCCCUGGUGCGCAGACCCCACGUUCGAAUGAUGCAGCCGGGGGCUUAUUCAUUGCGCCCAAAUAGGACCGCAGGGAAGGGAAGCGAUGGCUGCUGCCCCUCUCUUCCCGCCAUAAGAACCAUCUCCUAAUACAGAUGGGUCCCUCCUUCGUGUCCUUUAACCGCCUUAGCAGUGCCAAGGGUGGGUUUUCUCCCUCGCAGCCACCUUUAUGGCAUUAAAUAUGGAAGCGGCGGUGAUUUGCAUGGAACCGGGAAGUGAUUUUGGGCUGACACAUAGAUAGGUAACGAGCGCAAGGCUCCUGGUUACAUCAAGGCUUGUCUCUUGCUACGUCUUCAGUCUCCAUGUAAUAAAAGCGUAUUUGCUUGGAAGUUAGCUUCAUGGGUUCCCCAAAAGCACUUCAGGGUUGGGUAUUUUUGGGGGGGGGGGCUGUUAGGCACUGGGUAGUUUUUUCUUUCCCUGCUGGAAGACUGCAGUCGCCAGAAUACCUGCCUGCCUGCUUUCCCAUACCUUGACCACUACAGAUUUCCAGUAGGAUAUUCCGUCAGCAACCUUAGGACUUGAAAGAUAAAGCAGCACGAAACUGCUUCUGAGGAAGUGCCCCUAGAUUUUGUGUACGUGGUGUAAGAAGCAGCAAGAGCACCAGGAAAGAUACUGGGGGGCUAAUGCUACUGUAACGGUACCUCUCGGGCUGUGACCACAUAGUAAGACAGCCAUCCAGGGCAACCGCCGCUGUAUGGAUCUGGCAACUUUUCACCAUACCACAGUAAAUCACUGAAGAGAAUCAUUGGCAGUGGUGCAGAUUUGUAGGGCGUUUGACAUGCGUACAGAUACAGUGCAGCCUUCAUCCUGUGUGUUUGUGACUUUUUGUUGCCUUGCACAAGGCAAAGAUGACUAAUAUAUUAUUAAAAAAGAACAUUAGGAAUCACAUUUGAAUUUCUAGCAGACAUCAGGUUGCUUUUUUGUUUGUGUGAUUCAGGCCCUAGACUUUUGAGUUUGCUUUUUGUAAUUUAGUUUAUUAUAUUAAUUGCCAGAAAGGUAUUUGCACCCAGGUUAGUUGGCUUGUAUGUUUCUGUUUAAAAAGCUGUAGUAAGGAGGGAUUGCUUUCCUUUUCCCCUGUUCUAGUCUGCCUGAGCCAUUUAUUUGCGAUCCUCGGAUGAAGGGCGGUAUAGAAAUUUAGUAAAUAAUAAUAAUUCUGCCCGUUAUAUCCGUAUUUAUAUCAUUCUCCUUAUUGCUUGUAGUAAUCUGGAUGAAGUGGACUAAUCUUGUUGGGAGUCUAUCUGAAGGUUUCUUCAGAUUCCCAGGAUGUUUCAUAGAUUCCAGAGCUCUGUGAUUCAGUUUUGUCAAUAUGUGAAUAAUAGAGUUCCAUUUUUAAUCUGAAAUUGUAUUUAACCUGCUUCAUGUUUUCAAGCUAUUUUUCACUUCUGAGCACUUCGUUGGGACAUUGGUGCAUGAAUGGCAACUGUGGAUGACCUAAAGUUUCAUGGUAACUUAUAAAAUUACACUUAAAAUCUCUGAAUUAUUCUGCAGUAUGUGCAUGGGGCCAUUGCAUUAAUACCACAUAUAAUUAAUCCAUGUUUCAUAAUGCACAGUUUUGUGAGCUCAACAUUACUGCUGAUAGUUUUAAAAGCAACGUUUAUCAGUUAUGGAACUGAGCUCAGUUGUCUCUACAUAAUGGGAAUAUUAUGGGGAAGGUGAUAGAGCGUUUUGCGCAUGAAGAGUGCAUUAAGUAAUAGCUUAAAGUUCUGCCAGUUUGCUAGGUGCUUAUUCUAAUUAGGACUGAAAGCCCAGUUACAGUUCCUACAGUUAGGUAGUAUGCCACUGGUUCAAAUGUAUAGAAAGCCGACAGUUACAGCAGACAAGUAGGAGGAGUGACUCUUUUUGGAGCUUGCCAUUGUGAAAAUUGCAGUAGAUGUGAACUGUUUCUGUUCUGGCAGUCUACUGCAGUUCUAAUUACUUAAAAUGUGUGUGGGUUUAUACCAUUAGUAUUAAUUUGUCUCCUGCACCUAUUGAUUUAUGUUUCUGUGCUGCUCCCCUUUCAAUAUGCACUAGUUCAAAUAGCCUUUCUGUCUAGUGAACUCAACCCUAGGGUAUAGAUUCAGGUCUGCCAUCAGCUAGUGUGCAGGAGGUAGACCAGUAGCACAUCUUACUCGGAAAAAACAAAAUCUUUUUAACUGAGCGCCAACACAAGCUUUGCAACAUAAUGAUGGGAGAGCCCUACUAAUUUCAUACAGUUGCAUGCCCUGACAGUUAGCAAUGUGAAAAUCUAAACUUCAUUGGAAUGACUUGUCUUUCAGAAUUUGAUGAUGCAGCCAAUUUGUUGGCAGCAAAUCCGGAUGCUGUCACAAUAAGCAUUGAUGAACCAGCUGAGAAACCAAAAACAAAGCAUGGACAUCUGCAAGAUUCUGGGAGAGAGGAGGAUGAUGAGCUAUUGGGGACAGAUGAUUCUGAUAAGACUGAGGUUAGAGGACAAUGUAAAGAUGUUUUCUGACAAACUGAUUUUCCUCCUCAAGCUUUUAAUUAGUACAACAGCUAUUUUAAAUAAAUGGAAUAUGUUGUGUGUAAAUAGCAGCAGAAGCCACUCGGGGUAGUCAUCUGUGAGAAGGAGAAAACAUAGGAUAGUCCUUGGCCAGGCUGCUCUGUAGCAAAAAGAUUGUAUUCCUGAGAAGUUUAAUACCCCAGACAGGGUGUUGGAUGGGUUCCUAGCCUUCCUAGAGAAGUAGGCACAGUAUUGGAAGAUAUCUCAUGGGGUGUAAGUUGGAAUGGGGAUAGGAGAGCUUUUUUGUUAUCAUUAUUCACUUGCUGUUUUUUCUGUUAGCCCUGAGCUGGUUUGUGAAAGUGCUCUCGUACCUGUUACAAUCUCAGGUGGUAAGCACUACAUUAAUGGUUUGGGGCACUUGUAUAUGUAAGCAGAUAUUGAAGAAAAAUAAUUGACUUCAGAAUAUUCCCUGUGAAAACUGUUCUACAUGGCUUGUUGGUGCCCUUUUACUGAAUUGCUUUCUAUUGAAUUUCUUUCUUUCUAGCCACUGGAAGAUUUGUUCAGUGGCAAUACUUUCCCCGCUUUGACCAGAGGUGUGUGAAUCCUCUGUAGUGCUGUGUGUGGCUUUCCCACAGGACUGCAAAUUGGAAGAUAUUAUAUACAGCACAUAUAACAGGCAGUGAUGAAAUAGAUACUUCCUGAGUGGAGUGGCUAGAGUUGACUGAAGGACACAGGGUUGGUACCAGGUUGUCUGAACUUGUGGCCAGUGGCCUGACAAUACCACACACACUGUUUCAGAAAGAUGGGCUUGAAGAAUUAGCAGGGUGGUAACAAUAAUAUAUUUGACAUACAUUUUGCUGAAAAUUCUUCUUCCAAGUUGAAAUGUCUUUUCCCACUUUGCUCAAAUAUAUUUGCAAUUCCUAUGAGUUAAAAAGACCUGCCUGUUAAAAUGACCCGCUAAUACUGAAUUAGCAAUCUUUUUCUCUUCUUCUAAAAUUUCAGUUGCUUGCCGGACAGAAGAAAAGUGCCCCAUUUUGGACAUUUGAGUAUUACCAAACAUUUUUUGAUGUCGAUACAUACCAGGUUUGUAAUUUGCAGUAAUGUCUCUAUUAAGGCACCAUGCGCAAGUGAUCUUCAGCUUGCUUUUUUGUGCAUAGAGCUGGUAGCGGAUACUAUCUGCAACUGUUCAGAGUUCAUGUUUCCAUAUUCAUAGGUCUCCAAACAAAAAAAGUACAAAUGAUUCAUUCUUUUUGAAAAUGUAUCUGGCCUCUUGCCGCUCCCUGCCACUUGAAAUUGCCAAUACCAAUCAAUGCAUGCGUGAUUACUACUUUGGUAGCACUAUUAUAAUAAUUAUCAGCAGAGUUUGCUGUGCACUUCAGUCUCUGGAGUUCUGUCCACAAAUGCAACCUGUUAUUCAAAGUGCCGCAUGCUUGCACCCUUUACUACUGUGUGCUGAGUCAUCAAAUUUCAAUGGCAGCUUAACUGUGGAUGUUAACUAUGGAAAUAAUAGGACAAGUGUUAUGCAUCAAUAUAGCAAUAUAAGAAGUAGGUGGGGCGGAGGGAUAGGCAAACCAUUCUUACAACUGAAGCAAGAAGAAAAUACAGAGGGGAUAUCCAGACAACUGUGCCAUUUCAAACACUCAAAGCAAUUAUCUAGUUCAGAUGUCACAAUAAUUUAAUUAAAUAAUUUAAUAAAAAUCAUUUAUCUUCAGUCAAAUGUUUUGUAUUACUUUUAUUAGGUCCUUGACAGAAUCAAAGGUUCUGUUUUUCCAGUACCAGGGAAAAACUUUGUAAGGCUGUAUAUUCGAAGUAAUCCAGAUCUUUAUGGUACGUGCAAAUGCUAAAAUUGUCAUGAAAGAACUUCAAUUUUUUCCAACACUGGGUCAGUCAGUCAGAAUAAAUGAUCUUUUGCUUUUGUUUCCAUUAAGGUCCCUUUUGGAUAUGUGCCACGUUAGUCUUUGCCAUUGCUAUCAGUGGCAACCUUUCAAAAUUUUUCAUCCAUCUGGGCAAACCUGAUUUCCAUUAUGUGCCUGAAUUCCGAAAAGGUUUGUGUUAAAAGCUGUAUUCCAAAUACAUUUGAAUUCCUGGUGGUUCACUGUUCUAGCUAAGAUAACAGAAGGAGAAAUUUAAGAUAGUUAGCCACCAUAUAAAAGGUUUUGUUCCGAAGUACAUGGCAGUUCAAGAUACUAAGUUCCUCACCAAUCUAGAAGCAAGGAAGAGGCUGUAGAUAUGGUGUGUAUAAUAUUGCCUGACCUAGACUGAGAGCUUAGGCAAGUGAAGACAGGAAUGGCUUAGGGAGCAGCCAGGCAGAUCUGGGUGACCAUAAGAGAAUGCAUGUAUCAGGUAAUUGUUCUUAGUUAUGUAUGGGUGUUGAGUUAUAGAGGCUCUGUAACUUUGGCAGCCUAAUUCAGUGUUCCAUUUCUCUUACUGAGUGACAGAGAUAACAGAGGCAUAUUUUAAGGUGUGUCAAUAUGCAGCCCAGGGCAGCCCGUGAGACCUGAUUUCAAAAGGCUAACUGCUGCUAGAUGAUUAUCAAUCAAACACAGAGUAAUGCAGCCAACUGUUAUGUAGUUUUAAUUUACAUCCUUUGAGUUCAGUAUUUCUAUGAUGUGAUAGCUUUGAUUAUUUUGCUGUGAUUUUGAAUGCUGAAAUAAAUCUCUUUACAGUGUCCAUAGCUGCUACAGCCAUCUAUGCAUAUGCUUGGCUAGUUCCUCUAGCUCUCUGGGGAUUUCUUAUGUGGAGAAACAGUAAAGUUGUGAACAUUGUAUCCUACUCAUUUCUUGAGAUUGUGUGCGUUUAUGGCUAUUCACUUUUCAUUUAUAUUCCAACAGCGGUAAGUUGAAUAUAAAGAAUUCCUGAGUAUAUGAAGAGUCUUGAGGAAGUGCUGAAUAAAUUGUUUUGAUUUUUUUAUAAUAUAAACAGAUCAAUACAGAUUGUUGACAUUUUAUAUGGGAAGUUUAGAUGAGAAAUCCAUGCAUGGCCUGCUUAAUUCACCUUGGAAAUACUGGACAAAAUUCACUGAGAUUUGCCCUAAGUUGCAGAAAUGUGCAUUCAUAAUUUAAUCUGAACUAAGGAAGGGAUGCUUCUUGCUGUUCCCUCCAGCUGUUAUGCACAUGGAUUCCAUGCACUAUGCUGUUUCAAGUGGCCACACUGAGGAAUGCUUUUCUGUAGGGCUGCUGCUUGAACAUGGGUGCCAUCUGAGAUGCUGUUGAAAUCUUUUGACAGAUCCUUUUUUUUGAGACCCCCUUAGUUGACUAAUGAAACAAAAAAAAUGUGUAUCGAGUAUCAUCAGUAUCUUAACUUGUUGAAGGAAGGGAGGGAUUGAUGGUGGACUUUGGAUAGUAGCAAUGCAGAGUAUUUUCCUGGAAACAGCCAUUGCCUACUGUUCACUACAGGGACACGGGUGGCGCUGUGGGUUAAACCACAGAGCCUAGGACUUGCUGAUCAGAAGGUCAGUGGUUCGAAUCCCCACAACGGGGUGAGCUCCCGUUGCUCAGUCCCUGCUCCUGCCAACCUAGCAGUUUGAAAGCACGUCAAAGUGCAAGUAGAUAAAUAGGUACCGCUCCGGCGGGAAGGUAAACGGCGUUUACGUGUGCUGCUCUGGUUCUCCAUAAGCGGCUUAGUCAUGCUAGCCACAUGACCCGGAAGCUGUACGCCGGCUCCCUCGGCCAAUAAAGCGAGAUGAGCGCCGCAACCCCAGAGACCGUCAUGACUGGACCUAAUGGUCAGGGGUCCCUUUACCUUUACCUUACUGCUCAUUACAUAUGCAUCAUUGUGUACUGUAUUGUGGGCCACAGUUCUAGAUUAUGUCUUGAAGAGCAGCCAAUUUAUAACUUUACUCAGUAUUUAGUUCAAGACAUUGGUUAUAUAUAGAAACCGUUUGUGGGUGCUCUUACUAAUUUUCUCAUUAAAAUCCAGAAAAUUCUGUUUCUGUAAGAUUUUAUCUGAUUCAAAUCAGCAAAAACUAGAACUGCAUUUCCUUUCUUUUUCUUUACAGAUAUUGUGGAUUAUUCCACAGAAAGCUCUCAGAUGGGUUUUGGUGGUAUUUGCUUUGUGCCUUUCAGGAUCUGUCUUAGUGAUGACAUUUUGGCCUGCUGUUAGAGAUGACAACCGAAGGAUUGCAGUGGCUACAAUUGUGACUGUGGUACUUCUCAAUGCCUUGCUUGCUGUUGGUUGCUUGGUAUGACAGUUGUUUCCUAACUUUUCAAUAGUUUUUUCUUAGGUCAGUUUUCAUGAACAGUUAAAAGCUUCACCUAUGGAGACCUUUAUUCAUGGAGAAAAUCUGCAAUCCUCACAAAUAAAUGUGUUUGUACUUACUGUAAAUAACUCUAGAAAUGGGUAGCAUUUUAAAAAUAGGAUUUCUGUACCAAGUCAUGUCUACAAAUGCCUAUCAGUGACUGGCUUAAAAGCUGUUGUAAGUGGCUAAGUGUUCCUAUAUUGGAGUAGGGUAUAAAACCAGUAUGUUGAACAUGCUUAAAUCCCAUGCCUUGAGCACUUGCUUGCUUGUGUAAACUUUUUUGGCUUAUUUACCCUGGAAAUUUUAGUUUUGGUAACUUUCAUAUAAUUAAUUGAUGCUAUAAUCUGUUUUUGUUUCAUUUGUUCACUAAAUCAAUAUAGUCGGUAUUGCAGUCAUCUUUUAAAAUCCAGUGGUAAAGCUAAUGGUUGUAUUACAUCUUCCCUGCCCACAUAAGCAAUACAAAUGUAAAAAGUACAGUAUAAAGGUUAACCUGUGAUAUUCGUAAUAUACUACUGUCCCUUCUUCUCACCUUCUCCAAUAAUGUAGGCAUACUUUUUUGAUGCCCCUGAACUGGAUGUUGUUAUGCCAACUACUUCACUUCCACAAAAUGUAACAAUAAGAGCAAUGAAGGCACAGUAACAAAGGUAAGCAUUUCAAAAGUUACGCCCUAUGUUGGUGGUCUUGCUAUAACUCGCUUCAAUUUAAGCAGUGAUGCUUGUUGGGUCGAAUUCUAUGUUAAGUGUGCUUGGGUUCUCAGGUGGGUCUUCUAAUUACAUCCUUGCAUGCUGUGCUUGUGCCACAGCAGCUGUGAUGACACCCUGCACAAGGCAAGUGUGGCACUGCUGGACAAAUUAAGCAGCCUUUUAAUUCCCCUCGCCAUCAUGAAUGAAUUUCAGCAACUCACCUAUGCGGGGAAAACUCAAUAUAUGAGCCUGGAGACACCAGUAGGAUAGAGGCAAAAUGCCCCUAGUAGCCCUGAACCUUAAAAAUCAAUUUUGCUCACAACUGCAUAGUAUCUUGUGAUGAUUCUUGGUCACAGUGAAAUGUGAGAAAAUGCUGUAAACCCACUUAUCACUCCCCACCCUCCCAUUUAGACAAAGUACAUCUGACAGUUCUUUACAUGAUAGCAUACAGAGGCAGUCAUGUUUAAUUAGCUAACAGGCUUGCUUCAGUGCUUAUCUGUAUCCUUCUGGGUGCAUUUCAUGGAUAUGAUCAUUUUUUGUUACCAGAUGAGUAUUUCUACAGAUUAGAAUUAGAACUGGAAUACAUGAGGGCCCACAUCCAAAAUCUGAAUAUGUUCUAUUAAAAUAAAAAUGGACCUUUGCAACGUAUCUGUACAAUUAAAACACAUUAACAAAACUGCAACGAAACUAAGAAGUGCUUCAGAACAAAGACAAAUGCAAGUUUACAGGUUUUGCUCUCCUUUCUAAGUUUUUUAUUCUGGACAAAUUGUGUAGACAGUAGCAAAGAUGCUCUAGAACGUGAUGCCUUCAGCAUUCUGCAUUUUAGAUUCAUAAUACUAGCUUGCUUGUCUUUCCCUCCUCAGAUAUAUAUUUCUUCAUCUGUGGGAUAUUGCUUUAUUGGGGCUUUCCCAUAUUGAAAAAAAGAAAACCCCAAAGAUCUGAAAAGAAGCAUCAGCGAAAGCCAAAAGUUCUUAAUGACACAUCAGCAGAACCAUCUAAAUUCAUAGUACCUCACCCUUGAAUGAUCAACUAGUAAUGGACUUAGCUGAAAUUCUGCUCUGUUGAAGCAAAAGAUAAAAAAAGGUUUCAGUUCAGUGGAAUCAAUUUCACCUGGCGAUUUGAAUCCUAAAAAUUUCAGAGGUAGAUUUAAACCCUAAUAAUUUAUUAUUAUUUUUUAUCUUCUGUAUAAUUCUUGUUUUGUCAUCAAAUAAAAUUGACCCAAAAUGCCACCAUUUCUAAAUAUUUCUUCCCAAAAGCCUGUAUAUUUUGCUGUAUUUAUAAUACAUCAUCAGCAUCCACAGGAUUUUUGGGGGAGGAUGGGAGCAUAUGCAUACAAACAUAGUUAUAGCUGACCAAGUUUUGCUCAGAAAAGACCAAUUUAAAUUAGUGGACCCAAGUUAGUCAUGUUCAUUCAUUUCAGAACGUCUACUCUAAGUGGGACUAGCAUUGGAUACAAACCAUAAUAUUUUUAUGAGUUUGUGGAUCCCAGCCCUCUAUAAUCCCUGGACCCAGCAGGUGUUAGAUUUAAUCAAGGCUUGUGUGUUAAGCUGAGUGCUAGACACUUCUGAUUCCAGGAUGCAGCAAGUGUCAAAAGCUAAUUAAGCCAGGCUAGCAUCCUGGGCGAUGGGCCAUUAAGAGGACCAGGGAUCAAAGUGCUUGUUGUGCUAGAUUGGCAAAAGGCGGGCCUUCUCUCCUUCAACAGAUAAAGCCAGAGUUUAGAGAAGAGGAGUUAGGAAAACUGUAAGCUGGAGAGACAGCGAGGUGGGUGGGAGAGCAAUGUUUGAUGUCUGUCUGAAUCCAAGGCUGUGACUAUGAGAGAAGACCCUUUUGGGGGGUCUGCUGUGAGCCCUUCCAUCAUAGGCUCAGGUUGUAUAUAUGUGUAAAUAAACCAUAUAUCAUAAAGACA